GGGCAAAGAAGGGGAGGAGGAGCCACAGUUUGAGUACUGAAGUCAUUAUUGCUUGGAGUCUAUAAAAAGGCAGUUGCACAGAAUCCCCAGCCCCAGAUGUUGGGAGAGGAGGGGGGCUGAAACUUCAGCUCUCUGGAGGAAAGGUUGCAGGCGAUGAAGAGGAAGAGCAGCUGAAGGAGCAGCUCUGAUAAAUAGGAUCUUUUAUCUUUUGGAAAAUGCAUUUAUCACACUCCUUGGCAAGCCCCUCAGAAGGAAUAGAAUGUGUUAGCUUCCAGACAUGAACACGUCCUCUCAAUUGUAUGUUUCUGAACUAAACUUGAGUGCCUUUGGUAGCAACUUUACUGGGCCUACUGUCAAGAGCAAGUCAUCGCCAUGUGAGCAAGUGGUCAUUGCAGCUGAGGUGUUCCUAACUCUGGGCAUCGUAAGCCUGCUUGAAAACAUCUUAGUUAUAUGUGCAAUAGUUAAGAACAAGAACUUGCAUUCACCAAUGUAUUUUUUUGUUUGCAGUUUAGCAGUGGCUGACAUGCUGGUUAGUGUGUCUAAUGCUUGGGAGACCAUAACGAUAUACUUAAUAAACAAUAGACACAUCAUUAUGGAAGAUGCCUUUGUCCGUCAUAUAGACAAUGUCUUUGAUUCAAUGAUUUGCAUAUCUGUGGUGGCUUCCAUGUGCAGUUUGUUGGCUAUAGCAGUAGACAGAUACAUCACUAUCUUCUAUGCCCUGCGUUAUCACAACAUCAUGACAGCGAAAAGAUCAGGGCUUAUUAUUGCAUGCAUCUGGACUUUUUGCACGGGCUGUGGCAUUAUCUUCAUUCUUUAUUAUGAAUCAACUUACGUGGUCAUUUGUCUCAUCACUAUGUUUUUUACCAUGUUGUUCCUCAUGGUCUCACUGUACAUCCAUAUGUUCCUCCUGGCUCGUACUCAUGUGAAGAAAAUUGCUGCUUUGCCUGGGUACAACUCUGUCCGCCAAAGAACCAGCAUGAAAGGAGCCAUCACUCUGACUAUGCUUCUUGGCAUCUUCAUUGUUUGCUGGGCUCCAUUCUUCCUUCAUCUCAUCCUGAUGAUCUCCUGCCCUCAAAACCUCUACUGUGUUUGCUUCAUGUCUCACUUCAACAUGUACCUCAUUCUCAUCAUGUGCAAUUCAGUGAUCGAUCCCUUGAUUUACGCCUUUCGUAGCCAGGAAAUGAGGAAGACCUUCAAAGAGAUAAUUUGUUGCUAUAGCCUGAGAAUGAUCUGUGGUUUAUCAGACAAGUAUUGAGAAAGCAAAACCAAACCAAGAAAGAGAAUAGAAAUGCAACAUCUUGCCGCAUCUUAUAACUCUGCUGAAAUGCCAAUGGAACAUAGUUUCUCUGUUCAGCUGUGAUGAUUUCUGCAGCAAUCAGAACCUAUUUUUUAACAUGUGAUUUUACAUUUCUUUCCCUCCACACACCUCUGUCAUGCUGAUGGUAGGAGCUACUCAGUGCGUCUGUAUAAUGGGGAAAAGAAUAUUUUGAAUCUCAUUUACUCUACCAAAGGCUGGAUUUUUUUAGGGGAUUAUACAGGGAAAGCCAUACUUUCUGCUAAACGCAAUGAGUGAGACCUGCCAUGUGAAUGAAACCAUCAUCCUUUCAAUAUGUGUUUCUUUUAAUAUUAUCUUUCUCUCUAGGAAAAAAAAAUUGUCUCUCUAGGUAAAAAUAAGCCUGGCUUAUUUUGAUGUCCAGAAUUACCAGGUGGUGUUUUUUCUUUUUUUUUUUUUUUUUUUUUUUUUUUUUUUUUGCUAUUUAUUUCUAAAGAUACAAAAUCAGAGAAGUAGCUCCAAUUAUCAAGCUUCACAUACCUUGGUCAACAAUUAUGACCAAUAUACAUGCACAUAUCAGCAGUCUCGUAUUCCAGUCAUGACUGUUACUGUCAUAAAAUGUGUAUUAUGUAAGAGGCCUGUGUUACCAUGAGAUUUUCCAGGUUGGAUACAGUACUUUGUCAUAUAUGACUAUCUGUGUUUUAAUCACACUGAUGUGUGAUGUAUCUUAGGUGGAUUUUAAGGCUGAAUAUGAAGACUGAGCUGAUUUGAGUUUGUCUGUUUUCUUUAUUCACCAGGGCUAGAGAAGUAAAGGGUACAUGACUCUAGAUAGUCAUGUAAUGUUUUGUGAAGAUCGAAAAACUUGGGUGAGUGCCUGCCUUUGAACAGACAUCAGAAAAACCUUUUGGUUGUGAGGAGCCUCUGUUACUGGAGGAAGUUGUUCUGUAGAUUGUAUAUUUCAAGCUGGGAGAGAAAAAACAAGUUUGAUAAUCAAAAACCAUAGCAGUCAAUGGCAAAAGACGGAUUUCAAAACCUCAGGCACGUGUUGCUAUUACAAAGAGUCCUGACUUUUGCUCCCCAAAAAAAACAGAUUUUGUCUUUGUUGAGAGGAUUCCAGGCUGAAACUCUCAUGCCUUUUGUGUGAGUAAUUUGCAUCUAGUCAUGCUUUCAUAAACGUGCUGUUCUGCAACAGCUGUGUAAUGUACAAAAUGUUGGAUUUAUCACAGAUGAAGGAAGUGGAAGUAUGGCAUUGAUUUCUUGAUGAGCAUGGAUGGUGCAUAUCUUGCACUGUGAUUUAAGCUAUGAAAAUAUUUCAAGUGGUGACAACCCACUAACUAGAUAUCAGAAAAAAUGGAAAAAUGAGCUAUUCCUUCUGAAAUCUGAAAGAAUAAUGCUUGUUAUACUUGGUUUACAGAUGCAGUAAAACUCUUGUUCUCAAUAGAAGGAAUAUGAUAUAUUCCAUGGGUGUUAGGUUAUACCUUCAAGGUGAAAGUCCUGAUUCAGUUAUAGGAAAUUUUUUUACAAUAAGGGUGGUCAAACAUAGGAACAGGCGCCCAGUUGUUGUGCAAACUCCAUCCUUAAAGAUAUUCAAAACUUGACUGUACUCAGCCCUGAACAAUCUGGUUGAAGUUGAAAGGUGAUUGACUUUGAAGCUGGCCCUGCUUUGAAUGAUUAGGAAUAGAUUACCUCCAUAGGUCCCUUCCAAACCAAGUUAUUUGGUGUUUCUAUGAAACAGUUUGCAUAUUAUGAUAAAAUGAUAAUUUUUCCCUCCUAAUUUUAUCUUUUGUGUAAGAAAAAUUGUAAGAUAUUCUCCUCCAAACAUUUAAAAAGAUAGAACACUUGUGUUUUCAUUUGCUUUGGAGGUCUCUGACAGGAGAAGUAAGGUGUAGCUUUAGCACUAGAGUUAUACAUUUUGUCUGCUGCACCUGAAAAGAUAUUAUUCGUCCAGCUCACACUUAUCUCACUCUAACAUGAGUGGGAAUGUUAUUCUCAGUGAAGAUAUCUUAUUGUGCUGACUGAUAUAAUGGUUAUAUCAGUGCACUAGGUUCUGGAAUCUUCCUUCAGCUACAUCUGAAAAUGGGAUUUCAGAGAUAUGUUUGUGGUCAGUAGUGAGAAUCUUGUCUUGUUUCAGUCCAUCUCUUGAACCCUAUCCAUAAAUAGCACCUAAAUGUGGGCUCUUGCAACUAGGAAUGUAAAUGGCAAAAGGAGAUAGCUCCAUUGCACAGUGAAAUGCAUCAGCUGAUGUAAAUAAAUCAUUCAAUCCUCACCAGGUAUUGCAAAUAAGACAGUCUUGUACAUAAUUGCAAAAUGACAAAGGGGAAGCCAAAAGUGUAAAAGCUUUGGGUGUUUUCUUGAAUUGUAUAUUAAUUUUUUUGUUUUGUUUUGUUUGAAGUUUGUUUGAUGUAUAAACACAGACAUAUGAAGAAACUAUUAAACUGGAUUGCUGGAAAA